AUGGACGCCGCUUCGAUACUCUUUGCUCUCGCCAUCCUGCACACAGGCUACCGCAUCCAGUUAUGCUUCCGCGAACCUAGCGACAAGGAAAUCUCCCUGAAUGUGGAAUCAUGGUUUCCGCGGUUCGCCACCUCACCCAUCGGCCUGGUCGUCGUGCGGACAGCGGUAGUGUGCACCUGCCUCUACCAUGUCGUCAUCUCGCUCGCGCCGCCUAGUACACUUCACCAAGUGUGUCCGCAGUCAAAAUAUCUAGACCCGAAACUAUUCAUGUGGUCAAAGACCACCGUAGCGUCUCUCCUACUAGCCUAUGCAGGGAGUUAUGUCAGAUUUCAAGCAUAUGCACAACUCGGUCAGGACUUCACAUACCGUCUUGCCAAGCCAGAUGGUCUCGUCACGGGUGGGAUAUUCACAUAUGUACGGCAUCCAUCAUACACAGGUCUCUUCGCUGUUCUGGUAGCGCUGCAAUCUCUUCUCUUGCGCCAGCGCGGGUUGAUAAGCUGCUUCAAUCCUGAGUGGAUGACUACGGAUGAAAGGGUCGCGUAUAUUAUUCCUACAAUUCAGUUCAGCGUUUUUAUAUUGUUAUUCAUGGUAGCCAGAGUGGCGGAUGAGGAGAAGAUGAUGGAGGAAGAGUUCGGCCAAACCUGGAGGGACUAUUGCGCGAAGACAAAGAAGUUCAUUCCGUUUGUGGUGUGA